AAAAGAAAGCAACAUAUUUGUCAUAUGCCUGGUUGUAAUAAGGUCUAUGGUAAAACAUCACAUUUACGAGCACAUUUAAGAUGGCACACAGGAGAAAGACCAUUUGUUUGUAACUGGUUAUUUUGUGGCAAAAGAUUUACCAGAUCUGAUGAAUUACAGAGACAUAAAAGGACGCAUACAGGAGAAAAACGAUUUGAAUGUCCUCAAUGUUCGAAAAGAUUUAUGAGAAGUGAUCACUUAUCAAAACAUAUUAAAACUCAUCAGAAUAAAAGACCUGGAGCAAAUCAAUCAGAGGCAGAAGAAAGUAAGUGA